GAGCUCCUUCCCUGUUCAUAUCUGACAGCACCGCAUUCCUGAUCGAAUUCCUCUCAGCCUUGCUGUCGAAUUGUACAUAUCUUCAACAAUGGGUGUCCAGCAACCUUUCAUGUACGAUGCGAUCAAGACGGAAGGUGACAGGUCGCCAUACCGUGAGUUCCAACCUCAUGCUGUGAGCAUGGCAAGUCUUGCACCCAAGCCCCGGCCAAAGAAGCCUGAGGGGCCUUUGGUAUCUUUCAAUCGGCAUCCCGACUCAUAUCUAAUCCUACCACUUGGAAACUCGAGCGCGAAAGCAAUGUCCCCUUCAGUCAAGAAAUGGAUAAAGUGGAUGAGGGUGGCUCAAUUGGUCUUGAGAUGUCUGGAAAUCAUAGCCGCUUGUGGUCUGCUCGUCAUGAUGAUUCUCAUCUCUGGCGUUGAUGUGACUACGGGCUGGAUCAUGAGGAUUGUGCCCGCCGUUGCCAUACUUCACACUGUCUAUGGUAUCUAUCAUCUUGGACGAAAGCCAUCAGGAAGGACUCCAGCGUCUUCGGCCUCGUACAUGCUAUUUGCUUCGUUCUUCGAUGUAUCUAUCGUCCCAUUUUACGCCUUCAGCGCGUUGGUAGCGAUGACCCGUCAGAGUGGAUGGAAGACGCUUCUGUCGAACCAGAAUCUGACCGCAAUCUUCACCUCAGCUGUGUUCUACCUGUCAGCUAUUGGAGGAGGUCUUCAUUUGAUCUCUCUAGCCAUCUCACUCUAUCUUGCUGUCACGUUCCGCAAAAUCACCAAGCUGCCACCGGACAUGAACCCAUUGGAGGACAACCUCACAUCCCGUCACAAGCGCAAUAAAUCCUCAAUGUCAACGAUCAUCACCGUCUCUGAGAAACGUCUUUCGACUCCCCUAGAGAGCAAACGCAGCUGUGGUGCUCCAUACGAAGAUCUCGGUCGCCCUCCCACUAUCCCCUUCUUCAACACACGCACUCAAUCUACCGACUCCUUCUCCACCUACAGAUCUACCCCGCCACCCUCUAGAGAUUCUCGCUCCGACCUUCCCAGCAGACAAUACCAAGUGGCUCCAAAUUCAAAUUCGGCCCGCUCCUCCUUAGCCGGCUCAGAACUCAAACGCUCAUCCCAAUAUGCACCAUCUCCUCCAUCGAAGCGAGGUUCAUACGCUGAAGUCCCCAUGUCCGAUGCGGCAUCCCACCGCUCCUCACGUUUCGUAGAGAACACAAGACCGACAGAUCCAUGGUACGUAUCCGAUUCACUAGGCCGAUCAAGAGGUCGUUCUGCUUCUCCUCGAAAGACGCCAGCACCAGGACAAACUCGAUAUGAACCCCUCCAUCAACGUCACGAUUCUAGCGACGACAUCUCUAUCUCCCACCCUAACCCUCUGAAUUCGAACCCUUCAACGCCACCACCCGCUCCUCGGCAUGGCCAUAGAUACAAUACCUCAUCUAAUUCUCCCUUGACCGAAAUAAGCAACAUCAAUACCCGCUACAGUGGCGAUAUAGCCGACCAAACAGGCUUAGUGAGAGAAUUGACACCUGCUCCGUUGCGGGAUUUCAAAGCCAAGGGAUAUGGAGAGCUGAAGGCUGGUACGCCACCUAUCAUGAUUGGAGCGAAGGACAACAGGCAAGUUUCGUCUGGUAUCGAUCUUGGAAAUAUUGCACAAACGGGAUAUAGACGAGAUGUGAGCGGCAAAGUUGCAGAGGAAGGAAGGAGUUUUGGGACUCGAUUCAGGAAGAUUAGUGGAUUGUGAAUAUUUGGUUGCAAAAAUGAACAUUCUGGUGUUUUAGAGUUUGUAGUUGUGUCUAUCAUGGUUAUUUGAGCGGCGUACAUUUGGAGAUGAGGGAAGGAAACGGAAGCAAGCAAAGGAUUUGGAUGGUAUAUUGUUAGGAAGGGAUUUGGGUAUCUUGAGAUGCUGUACUGUACAAAUAUUGAGCAAAAAUGAGAGAGUGAUACCUGGG